AUGUCGGCCACUUCGUUUUUGGAUAAACCACUCCUCAAAGUCAGUCGACCAGUGGCUGCUUGCUCAAGAUGCCGAACAGCUAAGAUCAAGUGUGAUGGGAAGCUUCCGGCCUGCUCCGCGUGCGAAAGGGUGGGGAAAGCGAGUACAUGUUCUGGCGCAAGUGAUGAAUUUGCUAGGGGAAAAGAGAGAAGCUAUGUUGCCUCCCUGGAGGGCUACUGCGAAAGACUCGAGAAGAAGAUUUCAGAUCUCCGCCGCCUGAAAGCAUCACUAUCUGUCGACGAAAAAGGUGUCGCUCAUCAGAGUUCAAUCACUUCUAUCUCAUCGACAGGCUCAGUUGUACAGGAAGGCGGCAAGGAAGUGACCGAUAUUGAUGACCUCGUUGGAGACUUUGGCUUUCUAUCCGUCAAUGCUACUUCGAGAGAUUUCCAUGGGAUUACAUCCAACACCUCUUUCGCCAAUCUUCUUCUGUCCUUGUCACAAGCUGACCCGAUACCAAAAACAGCAGCGCAACCGUUACCUCCACGUCAUGAAAUAACGCCCCUGCUACAACAUUACUUUGACAACCUCUAUAUACAGCUUCCCUUUUUCCUGGAGACGAGCUUUUGGGCCUCUGUUGAUGCUGUUUAUCAAGCUGGGGGGCGUUUCGCCAAACCUUUCGACAAGUGGAUCUUGCAUAUGGUAUUGGCCACUGCGUCUGCCUCGAUCGCUCUCGAGAAUGGCGAUAGGAACUACCAGAGAGCUUUAUCUCAUGUUUCAGCAGCAUUGAAACAAGCAGAAGAUGUCGUCCGCCCCGGUACUAUAGUCGGCAUUCAAUCAAUCCUUCUGCUCGCCCAAUAUUCUUUGUUUGAUCCCAAACACUUCCGCGGUUGGUACCUAGUGGGGAUGGCCGCCAGGGUCAUGGUUGAUCUAGGCUUGCACCAGGACCCACCUUCAGACGUCCAGUCAGCAUCAGAACAGUUGGAUCUUCGCCGUCGUGUCUUUCAAUGUGUCUAUUGCUUGGAUAGGGGAAUAAGCACUGCCGCAGAAAGAACUUUCUCAUUCUCAGACGAUUCUGUCAAUGUUGCUCUACCGUCUUCUACCACAUCCUUAGAUGCUUCCUUAACCGAAAAGAGCCAUAUCUUUUUGCGCAGCUCGGAGCUUGCAUGGCACAUAGUCAGAAUCCGACGAAUAUUGUCGGAAGCUUAUCAAAGGACGUACUUCCAUGAACAUGAAACGUCUCUUCAACCGCCGGUAUCGACCUGGGCUCUCUGUUCGAGAGCAUAUGAGUGGUUUGAUAACAUCCCAAGCAAUACGCCGAAUUAUUUCCCCGUCUUAUACCGAUUGGAGUUGAUAUACACAACGGUCAUGAUUCUCUCACCCUGUGAUGGGAAGCCGGCACUAUGUGACUACAGCAAGAUUGCAUUGUUUGAUUGCUGUAUGCGGUACAUUGCCCAGCUCCAUGAUGUGCUGAGGAACCCCACCUGGUUACCUUUAAUGACUUUCCUGGAUAUUGAAAGGGCAUACCAGAUUGCUCGACGAUUCAUUGGAGAUAUGACGAGCAACCAUGACCUUUUAUUAAACCCGUCAAUACCUGCAUUACCAUCUAUCCCUCCUGAGGUUCCCGAACCUCUCAUAUUGAAUGGGGAAGAUUGCAUGAGCUUUUACGCGCGCGCUACCGAGUGUCUCAGUCAGACGCAUGACCUCCUUCAAUAUGGCGCGAGGAAGUGGGAGGCCAGCGUCAUCUUUGCAGAGUUCCAGCAAAUAUCGGAACUGGCUCAGAGACGCCUAAUACAUUCACACGCUCCUUAUCUCACGGGUUCGGCAGCUUACAUGGCUGGCUACUCUACGUUGGUGCCUGCAGGAACAGGAUACCUAGGGUUUGAUAUUGGAUAA